AUGGCUAUGUCGGCCUCUCAAAUUCUCCCCAUUGGGCGAUCUCUGGUGGUAAACCCUGUUCCGCAUCGUUAGGUUCUUCGUUCCUGUGAAGCUACUCUCCUCGAACUCGCGCGUCCACAGAGAGAGAGAGAGAGAGAGAGAGAGAGAGAUGGCGUUCAGGGGGAAGGAGAUGAUGAAGAAGGUGCUGAAGCGCGUGGGAGAGAAGAACCUCGCGCCCGGUGUCAAAGAAACCCUGGAGAAGUGCAUUCCCAAUUCGAAAGUCGUCAUGGGUCGCGCCCAACGCGGCCUCUUCGCCGGCCGCCACAUCCGCUUCGGCAACCAAGUCAGCGAGGACGGCGGCAACAAGACAAGGAGGAGCUGGAAGCCGAAUGUGCAGGAGAAGCGUCUGUUCAGCUACAUUCUCGACCGCCAUAUUCGUGUCAAAGUGACGACCCAUGCUCUCCGUUGCAUCGAUAAGGCAGGUGGGAUCGAUGAGUAUCUGCUGAAGACACCUUAUCACAAGAUGGACACAGAAAUGGGUCUGUAUUGGAAAUCAAAGAUUGAGAAGCUUUAUGAAGAGCUUGGGAAAAUGGAGGUGGUUUUCUUUUCUCCCGAGGACGAAGCCAAGUUCGAACAAAGUUUUAAACAACUGAAGCUCGAAGAGAGGGCAGCUCGUAGGGAAUACAGAAGGCAGAUGUAUGGUACAUCGGGCAAAGAGAAGCCGGCUGAGGAAGGUCAAGCGAGUGAUCAAGUAACUCAAGAGGAGUCGCCAAGGAAUGGCGAUGGACAUUGGCAUACGGAUGAUCACGAUCAACCUCACGAGCAGUCGGUUGCUUUCUCUUAAUUUUGAUCGUGUUCGAAUAAUGUUGAGAUUUGCUAGUCAUUGCGCCAGUUCGAGUUCUUUUUGUUACUGAUGAUAAGACUAGAACUUGGAGGAUGGUAGUAUAGGCCACAAGGCAUUAGUGUUGGAGCCUUUUGUGUAUCAGUGGUUUUUGUAAGAUAUCUUCGCAAUAGCUUGCAAAAUGGAUGACAGAAAAA